ACUUCAGGAAGCUGGAAGUUUCCUACGGCUGCGUUGUUUAAAACUUAACUUUCAAGUUUGAAUUCCCGAGUUUAGACGAGAAACCGACCGGCGCGUGAAAUAAUAAUUGCUUUCUGCAGUAAUUGUGUAAAGAGGCUGUCCUUGAAGCUCAACUGUGUUGAAGUCUGAACGCAGGCGGACAAAGCAGGACUUAAAGUCGCCACACAUCCCUGCAAGAUGUUAGCCUCGAGUAUUUUGGCUAAUUUCUGUACGGAACACCACGACGAACAAGCGCAGAAAGUGGACAAUUACCUGCACCAUUUUCAUCUGUCAGAUGAGACUUUAAUGGAUUUGUCAAUAAGAUUUCGACGAGAGAUGGACAAAGGCCUGGGCAGAGACACCAACCCCACAGCUGCUGUCAAGAUGCUGCCCACGUUUGUGCGCUCCACUCCUGAUGGAACAGAGCAAGGUGAAUUCCUGGCACUCGAUCUUGGCGGAUCAAACUUCCGGGUACUGCUCGUCAAAGUUAUGGCGAACGGCAAGCAAGAGGUGGAGAUGGAAAAUCAGAUUUAUGCCAUUCCUGAACACCUCAUGAGAGGCAGUGGGUCAGAGUUAUUUGACCACAUUGCUGAUUGCCUGGCUAAUUUCAUGGAGAAGUUCGGCAUAAAGGAUAAAAAGCUCCCUCUGGGUUUCACCUUCUCGUUUCCCUGCCAGCAGACCAAGUUGGAUGAGAGUGUUUUGGUGUCCUGGACCAAACGCUUCAAGUUAAACGGAGUAGAAGGAAAGGAUGUGGUCAGCCUUCUGAGGAAAUCCAUCAAAAGACGAGGGGACUUUGACGUUGACAUUUUGGCUGUGAUUAAUGACACAGUAGGAACCAUGAUGACAUGUGGCUACGAUGAUCAUCACUGUGAAAUUGGACUCAUUGUGGGAACGGGGACCAAUGCCUGCUACAUGGAGCACAUGAGGAACCUCGAGCUGCUGGACGGUGAUGAGGGCCGGAUGUGUGUUAAUACAGAGUGGGGCGCUUUUGGAGACGAUGGUUCCCUGGAGGACCUGCGCACCGACAUUGACCGUGAAAUAGAUGCAGGCUCUCUGAACCCUGGCAAGCAGCUGUUUGAGAAGAUGAUCAGCGGCCUGUACAUGGGGGAACUGGUGCGUUUCAUCCUGCUGAGAAUGACCAAAGAGCAGCUGCUGUUCCAGGGCAAGGUGACAGCAGGGCUCCUCACCACCGGAAGCUUCAACACCAGCUACAUCUUUGCCAUUGAGAAUGAAAAGGAUGAGGAAGGUCUGGCAAGCGCUGAGAAAGUGCUCCGGGACCUGGGUCUGGACCCGUCUGUUGAGGACUGCAUCACCACUCAGAGGGUGUGUCAGAUAGUAUCUACACGAGCCGCACACUUGUGCGCUGCCACUCUAGUGGCAGUGCUGCGGCAGAUCCGGGACAACAAAGCAGCUGAGAAGCUGCGUACCACUAUUGGAGUGGAUGGCUCCGUUUACAAAAAUCAUCCAGAGUUUUCCAGGAGGCUCCACAAGAUGGUACGCAGACUUGUGCCAGACUGUGAUGUGCGUUUUUUGCAGUCGCAGUGUGGCAGUGGGAAAGGUGCAGCCAUGGUAACGGCGGUAGCCUACCGCCUCGCCGCUCAACAAGCUGAGCGUCAGCGUAUCCUCGACACCUUGCGCUUGAGCCGUGAACAGUUGCUGGAGGUGAAGAAGCGAAUGAGUGAGGAAAUGGCACGAGGCCUGUCGAAGCAAACCCACGAGCAGGCGAGUGUCAAGAUGCUGCCGACCUUUGUUAGAGACACACCAGAUGGAACAGAGCAUGGCGACUUCUUGGCCUUGGAUCUUGGGGGCUCCAGCUUUCGGGUGCUGCUGGUGCGAGUGAGAAGUGGAAAAAGACACAAUGUGGACAUGCAACACAAGAUCUACAGUAUCCCACAGGAGACAAUGCAGGGCACUGGGGAAGAACUGUUCAGCCACAUUGUGUUCUGCAUCUCUGACUUUCUGGAGCACAUGGGCAUGGCAGGAGCAUCCUUACCUCUGGGGUUUACAUUCUCCUUCCCCUGUCAUCAAAGCAGACUUGAUCAGGGCAUUCUUCUGAACUGGACAAAGGGUUUCAAAGCCAGUGGCUGUGAGGGACAAGACGUCAUUACAUUACUGAAAGAUGCUGUUCACCGCAGACGGGAAUUUGACUUGAGCUUUGUGGCGGUGGUUAAUGACACAGUGGGAACCAUGAUGACCUGCAGCUACGAGGACCCCCAAUGUGAAGUGGGACUCAUUGUGGGCACAGGGACUAAUGCGUGCUUCAUGGAGGAAAUGCAGAACAUCGAACUGGUGGAGGGGAAUGAAGGCCGUAUGUGUGUCAACAUGGAGUGGGGAGCAUUUGGUGACAAUGGCGUACUUGAUGACUUCUGCACCGAGUUUGACCACAUUGUCGAUAAUUCCUCAAGCAACCCUGGAAAACAGAGGUAUGAGAAGAUGAUCAGUGGCAUGUACCUGGGAGAGGUCGUGAGGAAUGUGCUGAUAGAUUUCACCGCUAAGGGCUUGCUGUUCAAAGGCAAACUGUCUGAGCGGCUCAAGACCCAGGGCAUCUUCGAGACUAAGUUCCUGUCCCAGAUUGAAAGUGACCGCCUGGCCAUGCGACAGGUCCGCUCAAUCCUGCAGCACCUGGGCCUCACCAUCUCCACAUGUGAUGACAGCGUGCUGGUGAAGGAGGUGUGCAGUGUGGUUGCACGCCGCGCCGCCCAGCUCUGUGGUGCUGGUUUAGCUGCUGUGAUCGACAAGAUACGAGAGAACCGCAACCUGAAUCAGCUGUCCAUCACCGUGGGAGUAGACGGCACCCUUUACAAGACGCACCCUCAUUUCUCCAGCAUCAUGCAAGACACGUUGCAGGAUUUGGCACCGCAGUGCCAGGUGACGUUCCAACAGUCGGAGGAUGGAAGUGGGAAGGGAGCAGCGCUGAUCACAGCUGUGGCCUGUAGGAUGAAGAGUGAAGGUCAGCGCUGAAUCGUCUCGACAGCGAACAAAUGGAACCAGAUUUACUACUGAGGUCACCAAAUUAAAGUUACAACUUGGCCUGAGUUUAGAUCUUUAGUACUGAAAUGUUGAAUCCUGUGUGUGUGUGUGUGUGUGUGUGUGUGUGUGUGUGUGUGUGUGUGUGUGUGUGUGUGUGUGUGUGUGUGUGUGUGUGUGUGUGUGUGUGUGUGUGUGUGUGUGUGUGUGUGUGUGUGUGUGUGUGUGUGUGUGUGUGUGUGUGUGUGUGUGUGUGUGUGUGUGUGUGUGUGUGUGUGUGUGUGUGUGUGUGUGUGUGUGUGUGUUCGUGUGUUCGUGUUCACAUCCACAUAUGUGAAUGUUAUUUUUUUGUCUUCGUAAUAAAUAUUUAUUGUGUUAGCUGACAUUGCAUGGGACGGUGGAGCGUUUUAGCUUGUGUGUUAGAGAAGAUGCACCUGCUGUGAAAUAUGACUGUUACAAGAUGUGGAGCUCUUGGGUUUUCUUUUUACACUCCCUUUUUUAAUUGCAUCUUCAAAGCUGCAGGUUUCCACCUGGCUUACUUCAUUUUAUUGUAUUGUUUAAAUAAAGUCUCUCAUCUAUGUUAACUAUAAACCUUUUGCAUAAGAUAAGUUUGGAAUCGUUUAUUCAUACAGCAACUUUUCAGGAUCUGAAGUCACAAAGUGCCUCACAGUGAAAUACAUAAAAUAAAGGAAGCUGGAAAUGAAAUAAUUUGGUCUGCAAGAUGAAUUAUGUCUGCAUUAUUUUUGUAUUUAGAAUACUUUGUUCUCUGCGUUUAAAUGUUGUUUUAAUGUAGUUUCACAUCAAUUUUAAGAAUAAGAUUUGAUUUGAAAUACUCUUUUGUGAAGUUGUAAACAUUUACUUUAUUGUUAUUAAAUUUAAAUGUGUUACACUCCAUCUCUUCACUGCAAUUAAUAAGAAAAGUAUCUAGAAGACUGCACUAAGAUAAUUUUUAUAAAACAAUUAAAUGAAAAUUAAAAGUUUUUAUUCAUUCA